AUGAAUUUGAACAAAAAGGACAGAGCACCAGGUAGUAGAAGAAUGAAAUCUAGCCUAGAGAAGAAGAAGGCUGUUUUGUUUGACCAGAACACUUCAUCUCUGUGCGACUCGCAGCAAAAUAGUCCGCUUCUUAAUCAAAUGAAGACAGAAAUACGGCGAUUGUACGGCGAAAAAGUAAAUAUGGUAAAUACAAAUUAUAUUAUGAAGCCGCACGAGUUCAAGUGCAUAGCAAAAGCACUUUCUAAAAGACUUUGGAAUGAAGAAAAGCCACUGCAAACUAUCGAUGAGAUUAUAUAUGCAGUUGAUUUACUGUGCAACAGGCAGGAUGCAGAGCAAAAAGAGAAAGAAGCGAAAGAGGCAGCUCAGGAAAAGGCAUCCAAUAGCAAGGAAGUAGAAACCACCAUUAGGUUUAUUACAGCUGAGCUUAAUGCACUAGUGCCAAGUGAAGAGAGCGCCACUACAUCAUCUGUACCUGGAGAGCCUUCUGUUUCUGCGUGCUUGCCCUUUCUUAUGGCAGCAAAAGACCGAAUUAAAAAAGAGCUUGAAAGCUCGGGAUAUAGCACAGUUGAGUCCCUAAUCACUGAGAAGAAUCGGUUAAAAAGAAUUAUUACAUCAAUCACAGAAACAUUUUCAAUCUCGCCGUCAGAUGAAAUUUUAACUGCCUUGAAAGGAAUCCGCACUCUAGAGGAAAAGAAGCAGAAAGACUACAUCCAACUAAAAGAAAAGAAUUUUGAGUGCCAAAAAAGACACUUCGAUGAAACAAUCCGACAAGCAACUGACAAAAUAUCUCUUUUAGAAAGUCAAAACAAAGAGCUAAACAGGCUGCUGCAGGAAAGAGAAGAUAAAACUGCAGAAGUCUUAGAGAGAGGCGAUGCCCUUCAACAGAAUAUUUUGCAAAUAAAGAAGAUUUUAGCAGAUGAAGAACUAAGAAUACAACAAGAACGCGAAGAGUAUAAAACAGUCAAAAGCACACUGAUAGGCUAUAAUAAGAAAAUGACAAAAAUUGUUCAAGAAUUAAUUGAGCGCAUUAAAAAAGAACAAAAAGAAAGAGACACUCUUCUUAAGCUAACAGAAGCUAGUACUAAAUAA